AUGCGAACGGGAGCUUGCGCGGUGCAGCAGGCCCUCACCAGCGAGGCGGCGUCGGUGCUGAAGCACGCGCUGGGCCUGGCGAGGCGGCGCGGCCACGCCCAAGUGACCCCGCUCCAUGUCGCCGCCACACUCCUCAGCUCCGCCCGGGAGGCCGGGAGCCUCUUCCGCCGGGCCUGCCUCCGCUCCCACCCGCGCCACCGCAGCUCCCACCCGCUGCAGUGUCGCGCCCUCGAGCUCUGCUUCAAUGUCGCCCUCAACCGCCUCCCCACCGUGCCGCCGCCUUCCUCGGGGCCCCUCUUCCCCCCCAACCCUGCCUUCUCCAACGCCCUCGUGGCAGCGCUCAAGCGCGCGCAGGCCCACCAGCGCCGCGGUUGCAUCGAGCAGCAGCAGCAGCAGCAGAUGCCCCCGCCGGCGGCGCAGCCAGAGCCGCCGCCUCUGCUCGCCGUCAAGGUUGAGCUGGAGCAACUCAUCAUCUCCAUCCUGGACGACCCCAGCGUGAGCAGGGUGAUGCGGGAGGCCGGCUUUUCCAGCACCAGCGUCAAGAACAGCCUCGAGGAAGACGCCUCCUCUGCACCUCCCUCCCCCGUCUCCCUCGAGCAUCACCGCGACAUCGUCACUUUCGCUAGCGCCUUCUGUCCACCGCCGCCCGCCGAGCCCGCUCCGUUGCUCCCCUCAGCCUCGCAGGAGGAGGACCUGAGGGUCCUACUCGACGUGCUCCUGGGCAAGAAGAACAAGCGGAGGAGGAGCAACGCCGUGGUGGUCGGCGAUUCCGCCUCCUACGGCGAGCUGCUGGUGGCGGAGUUGAUGUCUAUGGUGGAAAAGGGUGAGGUCCCCGAGGAGCUGAGGUCUGCGCAGUGGGUCAAGCUCUCCGGCUCGACCUUCGCGAGCAGGGCCGACGUGGAGAUGAAGGUCUCCCAGCUCAGGACGAAGGUGAGCUCCCUUGUAUCUUGGGGUGGCGGGGGAGGAGGAGGAGUGAUCCUCUACGCCGGCGACCUGAGGUGGGCGAUCGACGAGGAUCCCGCCGUAACCUAUCUGGUCGUAGAAGUGGGGAGGUUGCUCUCCGAGCUGAGGGCCACAGGCGGCGGCAUGGUCUGGCUGGUGGCCGUCGCUGACCUGCAGACCUACAUGAACUGGAAGAAGCGGCAGCCAUCGCUCGAGCUCCAAUGGGGCCUUCAGCCUGUCUCCGUGCCCUCCGGCGGCCUCGCCCUGAGCCUCCAUAUCCCCUGGUGA